GCUGACGGAGUGAUAUCUGUCUCAUGCUGUAAUCUUACAUUUAGGAUUAUUUUUAAUUGUCGACUGAUUGCUUGGAGAUAUUAUUUACGUUGUUUUCAUGAUGGAUUCGAGAAGCUCCCUUGUCUUUGCUCAGAUGUUCGGCUUUGCGUUUUUCGUGCUUAUGGCGCACACCGCUAAUGGAGACGUGAGCUAUUCAAUUCCGGAGGAGAUGAAACGCGGAUCUGUGAUUGGAAAUAUAGCCAAAGAUCUCGGGCUCGAUGUGAAUAAGCUUUCGUUUCGUAAGGCUCGCAUUGACACUGAAGGUAACAGAAAACGAUUUUGUGAAAUUAAUUUGAAAUCUGGAGAACUGACCGUAGCGGAGAGAAUCGACAGAGAGGCGCUUUGUGGAAAAAAAGCUUCGUGCGUUUUAAACCAAGACCUCGUGCUGGAAAAUCCUUUAGAACUGCAUCGCUGGAUUCUCAGUAUUGAGGAUAUAAAUGAUAAUUCACCGCAGUUCAAACAAAGUAUAAUCAAAUUCGAAAUAAGUGAAUCGGCAGACAAAGGAUCUCGGUAUUUAGUAGAUGAAGCCAAUGAUCCAGAUAUUGGUGUGAAUUCAGUGCAGUCAUUUAUGUUGCAAAACAAUGAUAAUUUUCUUCUUAGUGUAAUGACUGGAGCAAAUAGAGGAAAAUAUGGCGAGCUCGUACUGAAUAAAGAGUUGGAUCGCGAGCAGCAGAAAGAGGUGACUUUAAUUCUUACUGCGGUUGACGGUGGGACUCCACCGAGAUCAGGUACUGUAGCCAUACACAUUACUGUGCUGGAUGCUAAUGAUAAUGCUCCAGUCUUUAGUCAGGCCGUCUAUAAAGUCAGUCUGCCUGAAAAUUCUCCUGUAGAUACUGUAGUGGUUACAGUCAGCGCUACUGAUGCUGACGAGGGUCAGAAUGGAGAGGUGACAUACGAAUUUGGCAAUGUAUCCGAAAGUCUUCUUGAAAUAUUUUUCCUUGAUGCGAUAACUGGUGAGAUAAGACAAACUGCACCAAUUGAUUAUGAGGAGGGGAGUUCAUUUGAAUUGCCAAUUCAGGCCAAAGAUGGUCAAGGGCUUGCAGGUCGGUCUAUUUUGUUGAUAGAUGUUGUUGAUAUCAAUGAUAACGCUCCUAUAGUAAUAAUAAAAUCUCUAAAUAUUCCCGUUCCAGAGAAUGCGUCACCCAGUACAGAGGUUGGCAUCAUCAAUGUGCAGGACAGAGACUCUGAGAAUAACGGACAGGUGCGCUGCUCCAUUCAGCAAAACGUCCCAUUUAAACUCGUUCCUUCAAUUAAAAAUUACUAUUCUCUAGUGACCACAGGUGAAUUAGACCGUGAGUUAGUUUCUGAUUAUAACAUCACAAUUACUGCUACUGAUGAGGGAUCACCGCCUUUAUCUUCCACUAAGAAUAUUUACUUUACUGUAUCUGACGUGAAUGAUAAUCCACCUGUAUUUGAAGAAAAGAAUUACAGAGCUCACGUGCAAGAAAAUAACAAACCGGUCUCUUCUAUUUGUUCAGUAUCCGCGGCAGACAUUGACUGGAGACAGAAUGGAACUGUAGUUUAUUCUCUGUUACCUUCUGAUAACAAUGACGCACCGGUUUCCUCCUUUUUAUCCAUCAACGCUGACACCGGAGUCAUUCAUGCCAUGAGAUUGUUUGAUUAUGAACAGCUGAAAAGUUUUAAAGUGCUGGUGUUAGCCAGAGAUAACGGUUCUCCUCCUCUGAGUAGUAACGUGACCUUGAGUGUCUUCAUAACAGAUGAGAAUGACAACAUCCCUCAGAUAUUAUACCCAUCUCCUGAUGGAAACUCCUUCAUGACCGAGAUGGUACCCAAAGCUGCUCAGGCGGGCUCUCUUGUGUCCAAGGUGAUUGCCGUGGACGCGGAUUCAGGACAGAACGCGUGGCUCACCUAUCACAUUAUUAAAGCGAGUGAUCCGGGACUUUUCACUAUCGGUGUUCACAGUGGAGAAAUAAGAACACAGCGAGACAUUUCUGAAUCUGACAGUAUGAAACAAAACAUUAUUGUCUCAGUGAGAGAUAACGGACAGCCCUCUCUCUCCGCCACGUGCGCAUUACAUUUACUUAUAUCGGAUAAUUUGGCUGAAGUUCCAGAACUGAAAGACAUGUCUCAUGAAGAGAGCAGCUCAAAACUCACUUUUUAUUUGAUCAUCGCGCUUGUGUCCGUUUCAACUUUCUUUUUGACCUUCAUCAUCAUCGUUCUGGCCGUGAGGUUUUGUCGCAGGAGAAAGCCCAGACUAAAUUUUGAUGGAGCUGUAGCCAUUCCCAGCGCAUAUCUCCCUCCAAAUUACGCAGAGGUGGACGGCACGGGAACUAUCCGUAGCGCUUAUAAUUAUGACGCAUACCUGACCACAGGCUCGAGCGCGAGUGACUUCAAGUUCGUCAGAUCUUAUAAUGAGGACACACUAGCGGCUGACAUGACGCUAAGAAAGACUCAGUCCUCUGUAGAUGAUCUUGAGGGACUUGAUGCUGACAUAAAUUAUUCUCUUCAGUUUCUUACUUUUGCUCGUAGUGUCGCUGUUCACCUGUACUAUCAUCAGCAGUAA